GUUGAACGUGAAAUCAAAACCAAAGAGACAAGAAAACAAAAAAAAAAAGAAAAAAAAACGAGUUCAGCUGUCAUCGUGCUCCGCUCCGACGAUCGCGGUCUUCAACGAGUGCCUUUGACCCAGGUGGCCGAGGCCGCUCUUGUUGUUGCGCCUUUUGCGCUAGUCUCGGACCACAACGAGAAAACCUCGUCCCGCUACAACACCAGACCGAUGGCUGCUCAGCCCGGUACCAAUGUGGUCGCCCUCUUCGACUUUGCGGGUGAAUCAUCAGAGGACCUGCCAUUCAAGCGCAAUGAACCCUUGACCAUUGUCAAGGUGGCCAGUGACUCAAACUGGUGGCUGGCCCGAAACAGCAAAGGCAAAACGGGCAUGAUCCCCGCCAACUACGUUCGCCCUGUCGGUGCAUCUGAUGCCAACCAGCCCGCCGACGAUGCGCAAGGCCCCAUGCCUUGGUUUCACGGCAAGAUCAACCGAACAGUCGCCGAAGAGCUGAUUGCGGGCAAACCCGUAGGCACAUUCCUUGUUCGCGAAAGCACAAAUUUUCCGGGUGAUUACACCCUAACGGUCGUUGGCACUGAAGCCGUGGAUCACUAUCAUAUUCAGAGCAAAGGUGGAAAAAUCACCAUCGAUGAUGAGGUCUCCUUCGGCUCACUCGAUGAACUAAUCUCGCACUACACACAGGAUGCUGAUGGCCUGUCAACCCAGUUGAUUCGGCCCUUGGUCCGGGCUGCUGAUGGCACCCGCGUUGAUGAGGCAUCGAUUGCACAACACGUGAUCGAGCCCAAGGACCUGAUCAAGGGCGCCAAGCUAGGCUCGGGCCAGUUUGGUGAUGUCUUUGAGGGCACGUACUGUGGCCAACGUGUUGCUAUCAAAACGCUCAAGAAUUACGAGCAGAGCCUCCGCGAUGAGUUUCUGGCCGAAGCAAGCGUCAUGACCAAGCUCAAGCACCCCAACCUGGUCAAACUCGAGGGUGUGGUGACCGAAGGCAAGGAAAUCAUGCUUGUGACUGAAUACAUGGCCAAGGGCAACCUGCUCGACUUUUUGCGCUCAAGGGGACGAUCAGUGGUGAAGAAGGACCUUCUCUUCAAGUUUACCCAAGACAUAUGCGAGGGCAUGGCCUUUUUGGAAAAGCAAAACGUCGUGCAUCGUGAUUUGGCUGCACGCAACGUCCUGAUUUCGGAAGAGGAUGUGGCCAAGGUGGCCGAUUUUGGCCUGGCCAAGCGAUCUGACUGGGGUGACAUUGACUCGGGCAAGCUACCCAUCAAGUGGACCGCGCCAGAGGUGCUCAAGCACAAGGUCUCCACCUCCAAGAGUGAUGUCUGGAGUUUUGGCAUCACCAUGUGGGAGAUCUAUUCCUAUGGACGCUCACCUUAUCCGCGCAUGAGCCAGAAGGACGUUGUUGAUGCCUUGCCCAAGGGCUAUCGCAUGGAGCGUCCUGACGAUUGCCCAGAAACGCUCUACACCGCCGUGAUGCGCGCGUGCUGGGAGAUGGACCCCUUGUCCCGCCCCACCUUCAACCGCCUCAAGCGCACCUUGGCCAAAUUCAAGGGCAGCUGAUGAGCGACCCGACUCCAUCCCUGCCAGAAUAGGUGACCAUGUACUUGUGAACGCGAACGUGUGCAUACAUGCGUCGUUGUCGUCGUUCUUGCAGCUUCUCCCCCUACUUUCUUUUAUAAAUUGGCCUUUUUUCGCCAUCAUCCCUUCCAUUUGCUUCUCCCCGUCUUCCCUUCUUCCAUCAUUCUUCAUCCGGCUGCCGUGGCUUCCUUUCUUCUUCUUCUUCUUCUUCUUCUUCUUCUUCUUCUUCUUCUUCUUCUUCUUUUUCUUCUUGUUCCUCCUAUUGCUUUUGCCUUUUGUUCAUUGCUCGUUGUCUUCAACCUGUUUUGUCGUUUACUUCCCUACUUCCUUUCUCUCGUGGCAAGGAGUUGUACAUUUAAAGCGCUGUUUUGUAUGCUGGGUCAGAGUCUUCCUCGCCGGCCAGCUUUUGGUGUCGGCCAGGGUGGUGAACAUUACAGCUUAUCCGCUGGCCGUGCCAUUACCUGUUGACCUGAGCGGUGUCUUUCAACUCCGCCAUCCCCCCUUUUCCUUGUCUUUUAAAUUCUUUUGUUGAGCCUGACCUGUUGAUGCACGUGGGCGAGCCAUCAAGUUCAUUCCAAGACAAUCAGCAUCACCCUCCCAGAAACAGCCUUUUUGCCAUGUACCCCAAUUGCAAUGCCAAAGCCUU